AUGAACACAGUCGUGAGGGGGGGCGGCCGCUGCCUGCAGUCGAGGGGCGUCGCUGACGUUCUUGCCGGGGUCGACUGGGCAUUUGUACUGGCGUUCCAUGUUGCCAUGUGUACCAAUGGCGCUAGAAACUGGACGCUUGUACUGGCGUCCCCCGCUGCCUUGUGUUCAGACGGCACCACGUUGAGGCGUGUGAGUUGCAGGACACGCAGUCGCCGGCUGCACUCACUCGACGACGGCGGAGAAGCGCGCCAAGAGACGCUUGGCGUCUUUCGCGCGUCCGUGGGCUCGUCACGCCGAAGUGCUCGCACGCAGAAAUACUACCCGGGUUAG